GCUCCAGCCAUCAUUGAUAAGAAUCGAGUGAUGAAUCAAUUUGACGAGAAUUGAGACGAUUUACGACUUACAACGAUAAAAAGUAAUUUUAAUUUAUGAAAAUGGAAACUUGUAAUAAUUUCUCCAGCAACAGCAGCAUGGCACAUUUGGUUCAAACUGUGGAUCUGAACCAGGCGGAGAAAUCAUUCUUCAAACACCUAAACGAUCUAAGGAUGGAAAGUUUGUUUUGUGAUGUAAAAUUUAACGUCAACGGCACCAUCAUGCCUUGUCAUCGAUUAGUUUUGUCUGCUGUAUCUCCUUAUUUCAAAACCAUGUUUAAUGGAAAUUUCAAGGAAAGCAAUUCCGAUACCGUUACGAUAAACGAUAUAGAAACCUUAACGUUUGAAGAGAUUCUGAAAUCUGUGUACACAGGUAGUAUUCGAUUUCAUCCGGGUAAUGCCUACUCUAUCCUGAAAGCCAGUAAUUUGUUACAACUGGAGAUUAUAGAAAACGCUUGCAUUUCUUAUAUCAUGAAGAAUGCCGAAAUAAUCAACUACUUAAUUGAGACCUGCGUAUUCGCCCGGAAUAUUCAACUAGAUAGAUUAUAUUCAAAGUGUAGCGAUACAAUAGCCGACGACAUCAUCGAUUAUGGAAAGACUAAUUCUUUCAAAAAAAUCCCUGUUGAUGUUUUCGAAAAAAUUCUCAGUUUUCUGGAUGUAAGCGAAACUGAAAGCGAAGAAGAACCCGUACUUCUGUUGAUAAUGAAAUGGAGUAAACAUAACAAUGCCAGUCGUGAAGAUAUAGAAACACUUUUGCGUGCAGCUUGUUUAAAAUCGACGAAAUUAAUCAGUUCCACGGUCAUGUCUCAAUUAUUGGUUUGUAGUGACGAUAAACCAAUAAAUGAUGCGAGCGGAGGCAUUCAAGAAUCCCAUGAUGACGAUUUAAAUUUACCCUUAAAUUUAUAUUUGAACGCUAUCGACGUGGAAACUGGCCAGAAAGGAUGGGGUGUCUUGAAACUGAACAGUGAUUUGGAUAAAUAUGUUCUAUCAUCAUUUCAUCCGACCAGUGCUUGGAGUAAAAAAGUUUGUAGAGUUGGAACGAAGGUGUAUUGCUUUGAAAUUCUCUUCAUUGAUGAACAGGAGGUAAUGAAUUUUUUCUCGUAUGACGAGAAAGAUGGUACCAGAAUACAUCUCUCAACGCCGCCGCUAGAAGAAAUGCCGGAUCGUCUUGCUGGCCAGUUUGAAAUAACAGCUAUGGAAACGUCGAUAUAUCUAAUGAUAAAGAGGCCGUUCUUCUCCAUUUGGCUUCAUGAUUGUGUGACGAAUACUUGGAAUAACAUACUGAGAAAAAAUGAACACGAAAAUAUUUAUUGCAACGUUUCCGCGUGUACUUCUUCAAACGGAAGUUUUUACAUUAUCGCUCAGAAAGAAAAUACAACAGAAAAUAAUUUUCGGGACCCAAUCAGUUAUUAUGUAUUCUCAAUAACUUACCGUACAUUAAUCGUCGAGGAAUUAACUGAAGUACCGGUAGGAUUGUACGGAAAUUUAUUCUCGUACUUUAGUGCAUUUGAUGGUAGAAUCGCAUUAUCUGCAGUAUUUGGGACGACAUAUUGCCAUAUAAAAAAUGCAAUUUUCAUUUUUGACCUUGCUAGCUGUCAGUGGUUGACAGAUUUGGAGGAAAUGAAAAGUUGUCAUCUUAAUUUUCACCCUUUUCAUUUCAAUGGCUCUGUGUACGUGGUGGAGAAUGAUCGAGCUAUGGUUCCCAAUGGAAAAUAUGAUUUAUCUUCGUGUAAGUGGACUGACUUACCAAGUUUGCCGAAACAAGUCACGAUUUCAAAUACGCAUCGAGUACUGGCCACCGGAGAAGUGUUCGGUGUUGAUGUUAAUCAGUGAGUAAUUAUUCCUUCGAGAUAUCGCAUGAAUAUUUCUUUUAUUUCCAUUGCGAAAUGAUAAGUAUGCGUUGUUGUUACUGAUUUUCUAUAAUUCGAUUCAGUUUUUGUUCUAAUUUUAUUUAACUAGGAUAAUUCUUGUUAUUUGUAUUGUUUUUUUCAUUGUCGUUCAUUUUUGCAUUUGUAAUUUGGUAUUACAUAGGCGCUCUUGUAUUUUUGCAAAAUGUUUGAUAUUUUUGAAAGAAGCUAUUAAAAAGUUUUAAAGAACUGGUAAUCUGAAAAAAAAUUUCAAAAAGUUUGAAAAAAUGUGUUCUUACGUUCUGCAAGUGGAUUAAUAAUAUCAAUAUAAGUAGUCAAAUAUCAGUCACUAUAAAAAAAAAAUUAUUGAAAAAAGAUUUUCCCUAAUUUUCAACAUAAAUUUGAAGUUUGUUUGAAACCCUGGUAGAAAAGUGAUACCUAGACCUACUUCGAAUCAAGUCGGGGGGCCCGCAUAAGGAUCACUAGUACCCCUCUGCCGAUCCUCUGGGACAACUUUUUUCUUAAGAAGAGAGUCCUUAGGAACAUUUCUAGCUCUUGUCCUCAAAAAAUGGCGAAUUUUCAAAAAUCAAAUUUCGGCCAAAAUGUGAGAAAAAAAUCAAAAUUUUACCAAAUUGACCUAUAGAAAGCUUAAAUUUGGGAUAUACCCCAUUUUCGACCUGCCAAAUCGAUUGGUAACUGUUUCAAACCGUCUUAAGCAGUUCUGGAGCCUCCAGCAGAUUUUUGAAACUCGAAAUUCUCACAAAAUUUCAUCAAAAUGGAGUUGGAAAGCCGAAAUUAAUCCUGAAAACUAAUUUCAAUACGCUGUGAAGUCGACCGCAGGUAAAUUUCAAGUCGUUUUUGGAGCCUCCAGCGAUUUUUUGAAAGUUACUGGAGCCUCCAGCAGAUUUUUGAAACUUGAAAUUUCUCCAAAAUUUCAUCAAAUGGGAUUAGCAAGCCGAAAUUUACUCUGCAAAACUAAUUUUAACACCCUCUGAAGACAACUUCAAGUGGGUUCAAGUAAUUUUGGAACUUCCAGUGACUUUUUGAAAGGUUUCAUGGCCUUUUUAGGAAAAUUGAAAUUUCCUGAAAGUAGCUGAAAACUUUAAAACCACUUAAAACCACCAUGUAGUCGUCUUCAGAGGGUGUUAAAAUUAGUUUGCACUGUUAUUUGCAGAGUAAAUUUCGGCUUGCUAACCCCAUUAGAUGAGAUUUUGGGGAAAUUUCAAGUUUCAAAAAUCUACUGGAGGCUCCAGUAAUUUUCAAAAAUCGCUGGAGGCUCCAAAACGACUUGAAAUUUACCUGCAGUCGACUUCACAGCGUAUUAAAAUUAGUUUUCAGAAUUAAUUUCGACUUUCCAGCUCCAUUUGUUGAAAUUUUGUGAGAAUUUCGAGUUUCAAUAAUCUGCUGGAGGCUCCAGAACUGCUUAAAACGGUUUGAAACAGAUUCCAAUCGGUUUGGCAGGUCGAAAAUAGGGUAUAUCCCAAGUUUAAGCUUUCUAAGUCAAUUUGGUAAAAUUUUGACUUUUUUCUUACAUUUUGGCCAAAAUUUGAUUUUUGAAAAUUCAUCAAAAAUCGAAAAAGGCACUUUUGCACUUGAAAUUUUGACAGAUGAUGAAUUUUUGCCUGCUUUUUCGAUCUACCUUUGUACGGUUUAAAAAAUCUCAGUAAAUUUUUCCCCUCAUUUUUUAAAUCAACACUUUAUUUUAACUUGACCUCGAAAAGUUAGUUGCAAUAAUACGACGAAAUCGUGAAAAAAAUUUGAGCUACCCUAAAAAUAGCCCUUGGUCCACUUUAAUAUAUGUAAUGUCAACUUAUAAAAUAAAAAUAUAAACGGAGACUUUAAAAACUAAACAUUCAGUAUCGUAUUUGGUGUAAAACUCAACAUUUACCUAUGCGUAAGCCCAUAAUAUGUCAUAAAGCUCGACAACUUAUACUACCUACAUCGAUACUAUAGGCGUAUUAUUUUUUUCAUAAAUUACCAAGCACCAAAAGCUAUAAAAGCGAAGUUCAAACGAAAAUAAAAUCUGAAACAACAUUUUCUUUUACACGUUACCUACCUAGCACGUCUUGUCAAGCCGUGUACCUAUAAGAAUAUUUCAGUAAUAACGUUUGUUCAACGUACAGCAACUCGCUGGUAGCAUUUAUUUGAUAAACUUUAUAAACAUAUAACUGUUUCGAAUUUUCUUUGAAAUAAAAUUUCAUUUUAUGUCUCGUUUGAACAACUGUUUUUGAUUUUCUUUCAUUCGCCAAAGCUGAAAUCACGUUCUUUCAAAAUUGCCGCGAAACUUCAAAGACAAAAUAC